AUGCUGAAAAUGGCAGGGACUAGCGCAGCGAAAAGAGCAGCGUCCCCCACCCGCGCCAUCUCCCCGCCCCCACUCAAGAGAACGGCGGCGACGACGGCGACGACGACGACGAAGACGACAGUGACGACAAAAUCAGCAGCAAACUUCUUCACCCCCCUCUCGCAAAAGAAACCUGACCCUCUAACGUGGAGGACAGUCAACAACACGCUCAUCAUUGGAAGAUACGCAGGGCAGAAGCACAAACGAUCGACCGCGAAGAAGCAAAAGAUUGCUGCGUUUGAUCUCGACUCUACUCUGAUCACGUCGGCGUCCGGGACGACCUUUGCGAGGAGCCCGAAGGAUUGGAAAUGGUGGCAUGCGUCGGUACCAUCUCGCGUUAGGGAGCUAAACUCGGAAGGAUACCAAGUCGUCGUCGUCUCGAACCAGAAGCAGAUCAGCUUGAAGAAGGGGGCUGCUGAGUCAAAGAGCUAUAACAACUUUAAAGAGAAAGUUACGGCUGUUAUGAAUGAUCUGGACGUGCCGCUAAGCGUCUACGCGGCGACUGAAAGUGAUGAGUACCGCAAGCCCCGGCUGGGGAUGUGGAGGGAGUUCCUGGAUGACUACGAUCUGGAUGUGUCGGGGGUAGAUUUGAAUAGCUCGUUUUUCGUCGGCGAUGCCGCUGGUCGGCCGGGGGAUCACUCGCAAGUGGACAGGGGUUUCGCCGUGAAUAUCGGGGUAGAUUUCAAAACACCCGAGGAAUUUUUCCUCAACCAGCCCCCGGAAGCAUUCGAGAAGCCCUUUGAUCCUGCCUCAUACCUGCACACCGGCGAACAAGACCCUCCGCUAUUCACUCGCCAACAUCCUCUCGAGCUUGUCAUUUUCUGUGGCAGUCCCGGGGCUGGGAAAUCCACGUUCUAUUGGAACAAUCUCGAGCCGCUGGGAUACGAACGUGUUAAUCAGGACAUCCUGAAAACACGUCCUAAAUGCCUGAAAGUCGCGCGAGAACAUCUGUCCGACAGGAAAUCUGUCGCUGUGGGUAAGUUCAUGUGCCCUUGUUUUCUUUGCUUUAUUCGUGCAACAUGGUACAAUGCACAAGGGGAGACACUGUAUCCGUCAGAACCCUAA